AUGGAUCCUCGACGCCCGACAAACGGAGGAGGAUACUCCAACUACCCUCCUCCCGGUCAAGGGCAGUACAACUCCCAGUCGUCAUACGCCCCUCCCCCUCAGUCUAAUGGUCAAUAUGGCGGACCACCCCCGCAGAAUCGAUACGGCAGCGUUCCAUCGUCUGGAUCCUCGUCUCCAUACUCAAACCCUCAGGAUCCACGCUUGAACCGCUCGAACAUCCAGGCGCCUACCCCUUCCUAUCCACCUGCGGACCCUCGGAUACGCCCAUCAGAUCCUCGGCUGGCGGUGAAUCAGCAGGCAUCGACACCACAGGCGUACUCUACACCUACACCACCGCCGGGUGCCGGCUCGUCUACAUCGACGCCGGUGCCGCGGGCAGUAGGCGCUGGACCUGGGAAUGAGGGGACAUCAGCCAGUGUAGGGGAUGGGGACAUGGUCAGUGGCUCGACGGAGCCGCGGGCGAAGAAGAGGCCCCUAUUCUGCGUGGUCUGCGCUAGUAAUAACAACCGCUCGAUGGAAGCUCACAUGGUGCUAGAGAAAGCGGCCUUCCGAGUCAUCUCAGCCGGGACAGGCUCAGCCGUACGUCUUCCUGGAACGGCUAUAGACAAACCAAACGUGUACCGCUUCGGCACGCCAUACGAUACAAUAUAUCGUGACCUUGAGUCUCAAGACCGCGCUUUAUAUACUCGGAAUGGCCUCUUACCGAUGCUAGACCGGAAUCGCAAAGUCAAGCUCGCCCCAGAGAAGUGGCAUGAGCAGAAAUCGGUAUUGGCGGAUGUGGUCAUCACCUGCGAAGAGCGAUGCUAUGAUGCGGUCAUCGAUGCGGACCUCCUGACUCGAGGCGGAGAGUAUAAUCGGCCAAUACACGUUAUCAACUUUGAGAUCAAGGACAAUCCAGAAGAAGCGCUGAUAGCUGGUCAAGCCAUCUUGGCGUUGGCACAAGCUAUCGAAAAGGCCUCGGAUCUCGAUAUGGAGAUUGACGAUAUCCUCCUCGCUCACGCGGAUCGACACCCACACACCCUGCUCCACACUGUCGCAUUCUACUAG